UUCACUGCUUCCUGGCCUGUACUGUAAACAAAAUGGCCUCCUUUGCAACGACACGUGAAAACUGCAUAAGAUUUCGAGUGCAAAUACAACCUAAAGAAAUAGUUAUUAAUUCUCAACAGCUAAUAUUAACAAUGGACCCUUUUUGGACUUUUAUAUAUUUAUGUGAAUGUCCAACUAUAGGUCACGUUAAAAAAAAUAUUUUGACGAAAUUGAAUAUGCUUACUAAAAGAUUGAAAUUGAUUCAACCCGAUGCCAGGUCCAUUGCCAAGCCUAGGCCUAGAUCUAGAUCUAGAUCAGGAUCUAAAAAUGUGCCUGAAACUGACCAAGACCAAGAUUACUCAAAUAUUAAUCCCGAGAUUGAUAAACACUUUAAAGCUUUAAAAAAUUCCAUAAUUUUUCGAUCAUGUCAGCUAAGCAUGGAGGAUUGUUUUCUUCCUAGCAUAGAAAAAUCAGAUUUGAUCAGGGAUGGUGAUCUAGUAUCCAUUAAUAUCAAGACUAUCAAAUGCGUUAGUACAUUGAAUGAAGGACUAUUUCCAAGUUUAAUUAGCCAGUCAAUCUCUAAGAAUCAAGAAUUUAAUGACACUUUGGGUACUGGAGAAAAAAUAGUUGAAGGUGUUGUGAAAAAAAAUAAAAUAAAACAUUCCAAAGGCAAGAAACUUGAUAAAAAAUGUAUUGCAGAUAGUCAGCUAGAUGAAGACUUUAGACCAAUGAAAGAACAAAAAUGUGAUUUUGCAGACGAUGGGCGAUGUUCAAAUUCAAUUCUUUAUUCAAAUUCCAAUGAUAAAACCAUGAUUUUAAGUAAUACUUGUUUAUCUAAUUCAUCUAAUGUUUCUAGAGAAGAAGAAAAAAAUGAAACUGAAGAAAAGAAAAAUGACUUUUGCUGUCACACUAGUGAAGACAAAAACACUAUUAUUUCGUAUGAUCAAAAUAGUUCUACUAAAAAGGGUUUUCAUAAUGGAAAGGUUGAAAACAAUCUGGAUACAAGAAGUUUGUCAGCAUUAAUACAGAACUUACAGAAACAACAUCCUGAUGAUGUAUUAUCAACUUCAUUUUCAACUUCAGAUGUACCUUUAAGAAAUUCAAUCUCUGGUAGAAGAAAAAGAAUUCGCAAAAGAAAAAGUAAAAAAAUUAAUUCUAAGAUAGAUGAAAAUUUAAAAGAAAUUCGAAGCAAUUUUACAUUUAAUCAGUCUGAGAAAAAUAAGUCAUUAAACCAACAUAUUAAAUUUUAUGAAUAUGAAGAAGAUAUGAUGGAAAUAGCCUCUGAAAAAUCAAUCCAUUUAAAUACAGAGUUUUUACCUACACAUUUGUCUAGGCCUGUGGAAGACAAGAGAACUAAUAAUUAUGGGACAGAGAGUAGCAUAAAAGAAAAUAGCAGCAAAUUUACAUUAGAGAGUUUGCAUUCAAACACUGAAACUUUCAAAAGUGAUUGUAUACAAGGUAUAUCUAUUGACCCAUCAAAAAAAUUUGAUGAACUUUUAAAGGAAAGUCAGUCCAGUGGCAAAAAAAUGGAGAUAAUCAAGUCACAGACAGGACAUUCUGUAUAUAAUUAUCAUAGAAAGAAAAGAGAUGCAAAUUACCUCAUUGACCCUAGUUUAGAUGUUAUAUCUAAUGUUUCAGCUGUUGUACAGCCCAAAAACUGGACACGGCAAGUUAAUACAUUAAAUAAAGAAUCUGAAAUUGCUCCUAGUACACCACUUUUGCUUGAUACAGAUACAGAAUUUUCAACUAAUAGUUUAUUUAUCAAAAAAAGUUUUGAAAAAGACUAUGAACAUCUUCAAAGAAAACCACAACCUGGUGAUUUCAUUGCUUUUAAGGUCAUAGAACUAAGUGAAAACUAUAAUCCCACUUUGUCUGGUUUUAAGGAAGCCAAAGUUUUGAGUGUGAAUGCAGAUAUUGAUGCAUUGCAGGUGGAAUUAAUAGGAAAAGUAAAGAAAAGACAGCCUGGUAAAUUUGAUUUAGAUGAUACAUGUUGCAGUGAGGAAAUAGAUAAUAUUGUUACUCUAAACAUCUCAGAGCUGUUGGAAGUGAUGUUUCUCAGGACUGCUAUUCAGUGAUUAUAAUGUAAUGUCUACUCUUAAAAAUAAAUAUACUAACUGGCAAUUA